AAGCAACGUCUGACAUCGUACAACAAGAAGAGAACCGCACCAACUCUCGACGGCGACGAUCUAUACCUCCAACCAGUCGGAUGGACCACAACGACCGGCUUGCAAGCGGGCGACUACCAGCUCCUCACGUACGGCUCAUCUCCACGAACCAGAUGACCUCGGCGUCUUCAUCCGCAAUCGUCGAAACAUCACACCCACUCGUUCGGGCAGGAAAGCGAUCUCGAUCCAUUUCCGUGACAGAGGAACGCCAUACGAAACGUCGUCGCGUGGCGGAUGAAUCUCGAAGAGAAAGGAGGACCAAGGUCGGCGGUGCCCUGGGCGAUCUCAAAUUUCUGCAGGGACAGAAGGGCAAUGUGCUCGUGCUUGUGGCAGAGAUGCAGCAAGGCAUUAACCGCAUGGAGAACGGUCUUGUAGAUCUGGUAGUGAGGGGCGAGCGGGCUCGCCAACGUGGCUACUCCCAUACGGGUUCCACAACUUGCGAUGGGUCCACCGGAGUCAGCCUGGCUCCCGAGGGGAGAAUACAACUUACCCCAGCGACUGGAAUCACAACAAGAGCCCACGAAUCUAGGGACUUCUGACAUCCAUGCUCGCACAUCCGAGACGACCAGUGUGCAUCGCAUUCGCGUCCGAACACAUCCGGAAGACUAUUCGCGCGAUGAACUCGCGUCGUUAUAUCGCGCCCACAUCGAUGCUCUUCCAGUCCCCUGCACUUGUCGACGGACCGCGCUACAGCAGGAACGGAUCAAGGACACAACGUAUGUGCGCCCCCGCCCGCGCAUCGGCGUGGAUGCACAGGGAUUAGCGUUUGAAGACUGGACUUCUCAUCCGCCCUCUCGCGGCUUUGAGCGGCUCCCAAGGAAGGAGCAACUCCUCCGGAUGCGCCUUUCCUCCAGCAUGUACCACGAUAUCACAAACGACGCGCACGUUUACCCGGUACGAAUUUGGCCGCGACGCCCCAGGUCGUCCUCAACAGGUUUCAUCCUCCAGUUUCGCCACGUACCUCCCGUUGCCUCCGAUUAUAUGGAAACGUGGCACGUCGAGAGAGGACGAUGUCUGACCUGCAUAGCGAGGGCGAUGCGCACGUUUCCCUUGUGGAUUAUCAAACUAGACCACUUCCAUGGAGCGAUAGAGGACGGGAAUCCCGUCUUCACGAACCGUAGACAGGACGAACUAGUGGAAUGGGAUGAAGGACGGAAGAGGUGGCGUCACCUCGUCUUCGACCAUUAUCAAUGGGUUCCCGUGGAAGAGCUGGAGGAGAGACCGAGUGACUGCACCGCCGAUGCCAGGACCAUCAACGGAUUGCAUGAUACACCUGUCCCUGAUUCGUAUACGGUCGCUUACUGGCGGAUCAUAGAUACGUGACAAUUAACUAGUGCGUGUCGCUCGCUCAUAUGCUUCGCGGUGACGAAGCGCAGACAGCCCUUGCGCCAUCGCUUACUUUUGUGCCGCCCUGGACUCCUUGUGCUUCCCUUUCUUGGUUAUGAUACGAAGUAUCCGUGAUGCAAGGUCCUCAGGAGCCUUUCGCUGGGAGGCCGUGUUGCCUGUGCCACCCGAAAGGCAGUGCAUUGCUUGCAGACAAAGCCCCUCACGAUGCAAGAUUCGGUUGCCUUGUCUCGACUGCUUGUCCGUAGUUCAUGCUUUAACUCCGACGUUCGCAUACGGUUAUUGUUCGCGAAGACCUGUUCGCCACCUUGAACAAAGCAAAGCCGCGAACAUGCAUAUAAGCGGUCAUACUGGGCUUAGAAGACGUUCUCGC